AUCAUCAGCAUAUCCGUAUUCCCGACAGUCACAUGGGUCCGGAUAUCUUAGCCAGAGCCAACUGCGUCCGCAUGGCGAAGCCCGUUUGCUAUUCGAAAUCUGGGACGAUUAGUUUUCGCUUUGCUCGACAAAUUGGCAGCUUAGUACUUAUAAUAGGGUUCGUGAACAGUGGCGUCACGGGUCAUAACAUACGAGACAGCUGUGGUAGUGGGCUAUGCCAUGGUACUGAUCAGCUAAUUAGAAGGAUUUUAAUACAAGUUGCCGCGAUAAAGAAAAUAUUUCUCAGUCCUUUUGGUUUCUGGGAAAAGCAUUGUUUCCGUGACUCAUCCCGUCCCAAAUUUCAGAAUAUUGAAUAUGAAUAAAUAAACUAAAGUGCAUUGUUAGGACUCUUAUACUUUAAGAUCUUGUUCACGUAAACAGAUGUAGCUAAUAGUAUAAGUUGGUAUCGUG